GGCGCCGGGCCCGCCUGCGGGGCGGAGCGCAGGUGCGCACCGUGCGCUCCUCCUGCUGCCGCUCACCCCAGCCGUGACCCGGCUUUGCACAACCCGCCCCUGCGCGGCCGCGGCCCGGGCGAGAGGCUGCCACCGAUCCCCAGAAAGCGCGGGGCUUCGGGGCUCCGUCCCCGUCCGGGUCACGGCCUCUGGAGCCGUUUCCCUGCAGGGUGGGCAGGAGGGGCGUGUGAGGGGGCGGGGGUGCCGCGCGCGAAGCCGUAUCCUGCAGCGGCGCCAGAAGUGUCGCCAAGGUCGUGGCGCGGCGCUGGCGGGGCCGGGCGGGCUGCGGGGCGGGGCGCGGCGCGGCCUUAAGAGGCGGCGGCCGGGAGAGGACGAGCCUGGCGGGGAGCGGCGCGAUGGAGAUGGCCUGGGACUACGCGGGAGCCCUCUUCAGGCCCCUGACGUUUAUGGGGUCACAGACAAAGAAGGUCCUGCUCACUCCCCUCAAGCAUUCAGCGCGCCCCUUCCGAGUUUCCAACCACGACAGAAGCAGCCGGCGGGGGGUGACGGCCAACAGUUUGAAGGAACUCCUUGGCAAGACCCUGGAGGCGCUCAUGAUCACUGCUGGACUGGUCACCUUGGUGCUGGAGGAGGAUGGCACAGUGGUAGACACGGAAGAGUUCUUUCAGACCUUAGGAGACAACACACAUUUCAUGAUCUUGGAAAAGGGACAGAAAUGGACACCGGGCAGUAAUUAUGUCCCAGUUCGCCAGCAACCCAAGAAAUCAGGAAUAGCGAAAGUCACCUUCGAUUUGUACAAGCCGAGUCCCAAAGAUGUCAUCGGCUGUCUCAACGUGAAAGCCACCAUGUACGAGAUGUACUCCGUGUCCUACGACAUCCGCUGCACUGGGCUCAAGUCCUUGCUGAGGAGUCUGCUGCGGUUCCUGUCUCACGUGGCCCAGGUGACCGGGCAGUUUCUCAUCUACUCAGGCACGUACAUGCUCCGCCUGCUGGGGGACACUGAGGACCGGACUGCCCCCAGCUCCCACCCCAGGCGGGGCUACAUGUGUGGGUAGGGCCGAGCGCGGCACCCAGCUCCCUGCAGCCCUGGAAGAUGUAUGGUCUUAGCUGCGGGCCCUUGCAGACUGCAGUCACUGUCGGGAGUGGCGGCCAGGCUGGAAGGGAUGGCGGGAAGGAGGAGUGGGGCCCCGAAGCAGGAGGAAGCAGCUCCCUGGAACUUGGGGGGCUCCUUUGUUUCUGCAAUAAAUGAAUCACAAGAA